ACCUGUGCGACGUAUCAACCUCACCAACGAGUUUUGCUUAUUGGGCCGGCCGUUUGGCGACUGGUCCGGCCCUCAGGCCGAUCCUCGCGAAUACUUUGAAAGUUUUGGAAGGAGCCCGCUUUUGACCCUCGGAAGGUCCAACCAACCCCAUAGCGCUCUAGGUUAGUCAUAAGGACCUCAAUAGGCGGCUUCCCUUAGGACGCCGCGGUCGAAGAUAGCGGACCCACAGAAGUGGCGCCCGUAAGGCCCAGUUUGGACAGGAGGCACUAGCAUGGUGUCUGGCUCUUCAAUUAACCCUCUGCAUCUUGUAUUUCAGCAUUCGGCAAGUCCCUACGACCCCGAGUUUGCAACGACAGCUGCAGCCUGCCCGGCAAGCCCGCACCCACGCGAUAGGAAGCGCGCAGCUCCCACGUCCCCACAACGCAACUCCGUUGUCUGUGCCGUCCUCCCCUCAACAACUGCUCUUAACGAGCGUGCUGUCAGCCCUUCAUCGUCAACCAUUUCUGCGCCCGGCGCAGGCGCGACGCCUAUGACCGAGCGCCUUGCGCUGGGCCGCUUCUCAGCCUCUACCCCAGCCUUUGGAGCGCAGGGCAUGUCCCCGCUGGACCCGCUAGCCGAUACGCGCGGCCAUAACGGCCUGUACGCUUCUAGGUCCCCAUUUGAGCACCCUAGCAACGUGCAGGAGGCCACCGUCGCUCUGCUGUCCGACGACAACAACCAGGUAGCAGCAGCCAGCCAUGUCGAGUUCUCAGCCGCCCCGACGCCAGCAGAAGGCGGCCUCGCUUCAUCAGCAGCAGAAGCAGCCGAGGCCGAGGCGGCAUCCGCCCUAGAGGAGCCAUUUUCACACCCCAUGCUGCCGCCGCCGCAGCCAUCCCUAAGCUCCAUGGGCACGCCAGCACGCUCCCGCAUCGGCAACAUGCUCUUCGGCCCCCCCUCAGCAGCCGGCCUGACCCCCACCGUGCUGCCCGACUCGGCUCCCCCCAUGGGCUCCUCCCUGUGCGAACACAUCUCCCGCACCGCCUCUCUGCCCCUCAUGAUGGGCGGGGCGGUGGUGUCGCAGGGCGUGUCGCCCGCCAUACCCAUAGCCAUCGCUGGCGUCGGCGCAAGCGGCAGAGCGCGCGCCACCACCGUCCACGCCCCGCCGUCGGCCGCUACCACCUCCAUGGGGCUAAGCGGCGGCGGCGGCGGUGGCACCAGCAGCCUUCGGCCCGUCGCACAGUCGGUGGAUCACAGCUUCUUCCCGCCGCAGCCGCAGCCGCUGCUGCAGGUCCAAGUGCCGCAGGGCUUCCUGCAGGGCACGGAGGCCGGUGCACCCGCCACCUCCCCCGCGCAGUUCAUCGGAUCCUUCAGCCCCGGCGGGCCGUCCUUCUUCGCCUCCCUGCCUGGCACCGCCGCCGCCGUUACCACCACGGCUGCGGACACAUGCCCUGGCAGUCCGAGACCCCAGCUCCAGGCCGGCGGCACCGUAGACGAUAUGGUGCUCACGUCACCCAACGGCGGUUCCGCGCCGGGCCCCAGCCGGCAGGGGCCCGCGGUCGAGGACGGCAUAGGAGACCCGGCGGCUGCGUUGGGCAGCCCAGGCCACAGCUCCGGUGGUGCACAGGGGUCUCCCGUGGUUGCGCCCCAGAGCCCGCCGCAUGCGCCCUUCUCGCCGUCCCGCCAUGGGCUCGGCGCGAUAGCGGCGGAAGGCGAGGAGGAGCGCGGCGUGGGCGCCGGCCGCAGUGCUGCUGGGGUGGCGCAUGAACAGCAGGAGCAGGACGCGGAGGAGGAGGAAGAGGACAUGAUGGAUGGCGCCAGCAGUCUGACGGGCAGCAGCUGCGGCCGCCGUACACAGCGGCGGCAGCUGCAGUACGAGCGGGUGGUGGCGCCGGUGCAUGCGCAUGCGGACCUGCACCCGCGCGACGCCACCACCACCACCACCGACACGGACGGUGACGAGGAGUUUGAGGACGCGGUGGAGGUGCAGCACGACGAUGAUGACCAUGUGGGCUAUCAGGGCGGGAGGUCCCACCGGCGUCCGCAGCAGCAACAGCAUGAGGAGGCGAAGGCGGAGGAGAGGCCUUACGGCCGGGAGGGCGGAGGCAGCGGCAGCGGCGGAGGCGGGUACCACCACCACGGCCACAGCCAUGACCUGCACCGCUGCCAUUUUGUGGGUGUGGCCUCUCCAGAGCACCCCCUUAGCGCGGCACUGGGCAUGCAUGGCCCCGCCAUGCAUGCCGGGGAGCUGCAGGAGCAGGAGCCGCCGUACCCUCCCUACCACCACCAGCUCCACAUGCAGCAGCAUCCGGGUGGAGUGGUGGGCGGUGAGGGGCCGCUGGGUGGGCUGGGGUCGUAUCGGCUGGCGGACGGGUAUGAGGAUCUGGCGGAGGAUGAUGAGGUACUAGAGGAGGCGGAGGAGGAGGGCGGCUCGUGCCUGCUGGAUGCGGAUGAGGGGCUGGAGGAGGACGAGGAGUUUGGGGAGGAGGAGGAAGAGGAGGAACACGGCAUUGCGGCACGGGCGCGGAGUACGGCAGGAGGAGGAGGCGGUGGGGGUGCCGUUGGUUGGGGCAGCGGUGGUGCCGUGUUGGGGACAGCAGCGGCGGCCUCCCCGGCGCACUUUGUAGCGCCGUACGUAAACCAGCAGCACACGUGUAUCAACUGCACGCGACCGUUUUGGGGCUCCGUGUGCUACUGUGGCCACCCUGCCAACACGGAGGUGGUGGUUCCGGAGCUCCUGGCGGCUGCCGUACGCAGCAUGGUGGAGGGCCAGGCCGCCGCUGCCGUACGGCAGCAAGCAGCAGGCGAGCCGCAGGGGGCUGGGGGUCGCGGCGAGGGGGUGCUGCUGGCCUAUGAUGACCGGUGCAGGGCCCAUCUGGAGGAACUGACCCCUGGGUCAUCUGAGGACCAGGGUCGCAGCCACCCCGAGCGCCCCGAGCGAGUGGCGGCCAUCAUGACGAGGCUGCAAGCUACCGGGCUACUGGCCAGGUUUGAGCGUGUCACGGGUCGCGAGGCCACCCUCCAGGAGCUCCUGGCAGUGCACCAGCCGGAGCUGGUUUCGGAGCUGCAGGCCGCCACGGAGGCCGCUGCCCGGCUGGCUGCGCGGGAGGCGGCACGACAUGCGGGUGCUGCCCUGGAUGAGGAGGGCGAGGAGGACCUGGAGGCGCUCGGGCUGCAGAAGAGCCCGCACAUCCUGGACUGCUACUUCAACGCCUCCACCGCCGGCUGCGCGCGCCUGGCUGCCGGUAGCGCUGCUGACGUGGCUCGCCGAGUGGUGUGCGGCGCGGCCCGGCACGGCGCCGCCAUCAUCCGGCCGCCCGGCCACCACGCCGAGUCGGGGGUGGCCAUGGGCUUCUGCUACUACAACAAUGCAGCCGUGGCGGCGAGGGCUGCCCAGGCAGCGGGUGCGCGGCGCGUGCUGAUCCUCGACUGGGACGUGCACCAUGGCAACGGCACGCAGCGCAUCUUCUACGACGACCCCUCCGUGCUCUACAUGUCCACACACCGCUUCGACAACGGCAGCUUCUACCCGGGCACGGGGGACGCGACGGAGACCGGCUCCGGUGCGGGUCUGGGCUUCACCGUCAAUGUGCCCUGGAACGGCUCCGGAGUGCGCGACGCGGACAUGCUGGCCGCCUUCCGCCACGUGCUGCUGCCCGUGGCCGCGGAGUUCCGGCCCGACCUGGUCAUCGUGAGCGCCGGCUUCGACGCAGUGGAGGGCGACCCGCUGGGCGGCUGCCGCGUCAGCCCCGCCGCGUACGGCCACUUCACCGCACUGCUCAGCUCGCUGGCGCCCACCCUGCUGCUGCUGGAGGGGGGCUACAACCUCUCCGCAACCGCUGCGGCCACGGAGGCGUGUCUGCGGGUGCUGCUGGGGGAGCAGCCAGCGCCGCUGCAGGGAGGGCCGGGAAUGGGGGCGCCGGCGAUACUGGAGGCGCAUGCGGCGCCGGCCGCAGCCUUGGCUGACCCGUGGGUCGCUGCGGCCCUGGACGGCGUCUCCGAGAGUGCCAUUCAGUCGCUGCGGCUGGUGCUGCGCGUGCAGAGCCAGCUGUGGCAGGCGGCUCGGGAGCGGCAUGUGCUGCUGGAGGCGGCGCUGGAGGAGCGCAGGCAGCAGCAGCUAGCCAGGAUGCAGCAGCGGUCUCCUCUGCAGCCUCAGGAGCACUGGGGCUGGCAUGUGCAGAUGGCGCCGCUGCCUUCCUCUCAGCCGCACCAGCAUGUGCAUCAGCUCCAAAUGGGGGAGGUACUUGACAGUGACGACCACUGCCAAUCGCGUCUGCAGCAUUCACUGGACGACCCAGCCAGCCAUAUCUCCAUGCCAGAGGAUGAUGGCGACCUGGCGGAUCAGGAUGCGGAGCGCCCUCGGCGCAUGGAUGUGUCCAUGAGCGGCAUCAUUGACCUAGGCGAGCAGCUGAUUGGAGACUCGCCCAUGGGCUGACCCAUGGGUCAGGCCGCCUAAAUGUCUGGAAGAUCUUGGUCUUCUUGUUACAACAAGGUAACAACCUACUUUGGCCUGAUUUAAACGUCUGGUUAAUGGAAAAUACGCAGCGUAUGGGCGAUAUUGGAGCGACGGCGGCGGCGGCGGCCCUUUGGUUGCUUGGGGAGAACCGGUGGUUUCAUGGGAUUGCAGACCGUUAAUAGACUUUUUACGGUUGUUAGUAGUUGGCCAUGUCCCAAAUUGGGUGCUCCCCGCCGUGUGGGCGGUUGCCGAGCCCAAGACUAUGAACGUAACUUACAACGCCUAAGCACAAAAAAAUAAAAAUCGCGGAUGACGACGGUUGUCAACUGGACGAGUAAAGAACGGACGGCGGCCGGACGGCGGAGCUCACAUCACCUUCAGCCAUUGGGGGAGGCACAUACGGCAUAAAAGGGGCGGAAGGCAUGUUAGUGGCAUGGAAUGGGUGGCAUGGAGGUUGGCAAUGUUGCAUCCGGUUUACACUCUGUUUCGCCGCGGCGGUGCUUGUCGCGCUACGAGCCCGUGGGCCUCCUGGAUACCGAGGAAUAGCGGCCGUCGGCCGUUCGGGAUGUUGCGGGACGUUUGGUGGCCGCAAGUGGAGUGUAUGAUGUUGUUUCUUCGCCGCUUUCUGUUGUCGGGUGAACUGAGGGGCUUCCUGGUCCGUCUAUCGUACCAGUCCGAGGGAGUGCGUGUUUGAGGAGUUGUAUGUUUCCUUACAUGUGAAGAGAGGCGCGGCUUUGCACACGACGGACGGUCGCAUCGCUGAAACGUGCUUGGGGUGUUUUCGGGUGCCCUGCUCUGGUAGUGGCGUGCACAUGUGGCCG